AUGUCUGCUGAAUACGGUGAAUUGAAACCCGCUCCUGCGAUUAUCGGCAAUGAUUUGUCGAGCUUUCUUCGUAGUGGGAAUGCGACGAACAAUGCGGGCGCUUACGACUCGAGUAUGAACAUGGGUGUGACUGGCUCGGACACCGCCGCAAACCGCUCGGAUGUUGGCGCAACCCAGUCGAUCGCCAACCCGACCAGCGAUGUCACUGCGCAGAAGGAUACUAUUUCUUCUGCGCCUGUUGGCACCGGUGCGGGUGCAGGUGUGGGUGCGGGUGCCGCAUCUGGCUACGAUGCCGCUGCGUUCCAGCCGACGUCGGAACAGCCCUGGUCUGUUCGUGGCCCGCCCCAGAGCGUUGGUGAAGACACUACUGUUGCUCCCGAUGCUGCUGGUACUGGCUCCGGUGCUGCUGGUACUGGCUCUGGUGCUGCUGCUACUGGCUCUGGUGCUACUGGCACCGAUGCUAUCGGUGCUGGUGCGGGCUCUGCUGGCGCUAUCAGUGCUGGUGGUCUUGGUGCUGGCAAGGCCGAGGGCCCUGCUGCGCUCAAGAACAGCGUCAACGAUGCCAAAAAGGCAGGCACUGGAGCCACGAACACUGGCAAGGACCCGGUCAAGGCUGCCGCUGAUAAGCAAAAGAAGCUCGGCUUUUUCAGCAAGAUCAAGAAAUCACUGCACAUUGGCAAGGAAGGCAAGAUUAGCAAGUAA